AUGACGUCACAGGGCGUUUCAGUCCGGGCGGAAGCCCGGGGAGCGCACUGCAGGGACCUGAGCCGCGGCCCUAGAAUGGGAAACAGUGCCCUCCGCGCUCAUGUGGAAACCGCGCAGAAAACUGGUGUCUUUCAGCUUAAGGACCGUGGGCUGACCGAGUUCCCCUCAGAGUUGCAGAAGCUGACCAGCAAUCUAAGGACCAUCGACUUGUCCAACAACAAGAUCGAGAGCCUACCGCCUAUGAUUAUAGGAAAGUUCACUCUGCUGAAGAGCCUCUCCUUGAACAACAACAAACUGACUAUUCUUCCUGAGGAGUUAUGCAAUCUGAAAAAACUAGAGAUGCUAAGCCUAAACAACAAUCACUUGAGAGAGCUACCAUCUACCUUUGGGCAACUGGCAGCCCUCAAGACCCUGAGCCUCUCUGGGAACCAGCUACGAGCACUACCACCACAGCUCUGUAGCCUACGGCACUUGGAUGUGGUGGAUCUCUCCAAGAACCAGAUUCGGAGCAUACCUGACAUAGUGGGGGAGCUGCAGGUCAUCGAACUCAAUCUCAACCAGAACCAGAUAUCUCAGAUCUCAGUAAAGAUAUCUUGCUGUCCUCGCCUUAAAGUUCUUCGCCUAGAAGAGAACUGUCUUGAGCUCAGCAUGCUGCCACAGAGCAUUCUCAGUGAUUCCCAGAUCUGUCUGCUUGCUGUGGAAGGCAACCUUUUUGAAAUAAAGAAACUUCGAGAACUGGAAGGAUAUGAUAAGUACAUGGAGAGGUUCACAGCCACUAAGAAGAAGUUUGCAUGAUGUUCUCCAGGAGCACGGGAACCUCACAGGACACUGACAUGGAAUCUCUUGCAAUCUGGCUGAAUCAAAGGCUCCUGUUGUUGUCAAGGAUUAUCUGCAGUAAGGAGAUGAUACUCCCGCAGAUAUUUCAAUGAUCUUUUCCCUUUCCAGGGCUCGUCCUAAGCAAGCUAAAAAAUCAAGGGACAGUAAGAGUCCUCCAUUUUGAGUCAUGGAUAAGGGUAAAGGACAGUGUUGAUCAUCAAAACCAUCAUUAGUCUGGCUUUAAGAAAAACAGUAGCUCAUUGCUAUUUAUACAAUGAAGGGAUGCUGCUUGGUCACAGAAUCACUCCGUAUCACAGCUUGAAAUUUCAUGUUUAGUUUCAGUGUAUGAACUUUCAUAAAGUCAGUUGCCAUUCCACCUGCAUUAACAUUUCAUAUUUUUAUGAAAUAUAGUUUGUGAGAGGCUACUAUGGUUAAUCUAGGAUUUAUGAUUUUAUUUCAGUCCAUCAGUUCAAUCGCAGUGUGUAUACUUGGAAUUUAGAAUGUACAUAAAUAUGUGACUGUCUUGAUUAAAAGUGUAUUGUGUCAGAGAAGCACCAACACAACACUAAGAGAUGUUCCCCAAGGCUGCAGUAGCAAAUUUUUUACUAUUGCAUGUGCCUUACUGGUAGAGGGCUCUGAAGAGCUAAAACCAUAUAUGCAAAAUUUGUAAGAUACAGAGGGUUGUAAUAAUCAAGACUUUCCUGAAGCUUUGUUAGAAAUAAUGUCUUACUUCUGGUAAUCCUUUUCCUUUUUUGCGUUUAUAAUUCUACUAAUCAAAUUACCUAUCCAAAAACUACUGCUACAAUAUUUUAAAAUAACCUAUGUUUAUAAAGUUUAUUCUCUGGAUGAGAGAAUAUACUAAAUAAAGAAUUUUUAAUGAA